GUGUGGGUGGAUGCCGGUACACAGAUAUUUUUCUCUUACGCGAUCUGCUUGGGGUGCUUGACAGCCCUGGGAAGUUACAACAACUAUAAUAAUAACUGCUACAGAGACUGCAUCAUGCUCUGCUGCUUGAACAGUGGCACAAGCUUUGUUGCUGGUUUUGCUAUCUUUUCAGUUCUUGGAUUUAUGGCUUAUGAGCAAGGCGUGCCCAUUGCAGAAGUUGCAGAAUCAGGACCAGGACUUGCAUUCAUUGCUUACCCUAAAGCUGUUACCAUGAUGCCUCUUUCUCCUCUGUGGGCAACUCUGUUCUUCAUGAUGCUCAUAUUCCUUGGAUUAGAUAGUCAGUUUGUGUGUGUCGAAAGCAUUGUGACAGCUGUUGUAGAUAUGUACCCAAAGAUCUUCCGAAGGGGCUACAGAAGAGAGCUGUUGAUUCUCGGCCUUUCCAUUGUGUCAUACUUCAUUGGCCUAAUAAUGUUAACUGAGGGUGGGAUGUACGUCUUUCAGUUAUUUGACUCUUACGCAGCUAGUGGCAUGUGCCUUCUUUUUGUUGCCAUAUUUGAAUGUGUCUGCAUAGGCUGGGUUUAUGGCAGCAAUCGCUUUUAUGAUAACAUUGAAGAUAUGAUUGGGUACAAACCACUGCCAUUGAUUAAAUGGUGCUGGAUGGUCUUAACUCCAGGUAUUUGCGCAGGAAUCUUCAUCUUUUUCCUGGUGAAAUACAAGCCUUUGAAAUACAACAAUGUAUAUAUAUACCCUGACUGGGGCUAUGGCAUAGGGUGGAUGAUGGCCCUCUCUUCCAUGAUCUGUAUCCCUUUGUGGAUCUGCAUUAAGCUGUGGAAGACAGAAGGCACUUUCAUAGAGAAAUUCAGGAAGUUGAUUACACCUAGCUCAGAUCUGAAAAUGAGAGGGAAACUUGGAGGAGGAGCCUACAUUGCAGCAAUAAAUGACUGCGACGCCAAACUGAAAGGAGAUGGCACCAUUUCAACCAUUACAGAAAAGGAGACACAUUUCUGAAAGAACUAUCUUUUUUGUUUUAUUUUUUUUUAUAAAUAAAUAAAUAAAUUCACUUAAUUAUAGAGGCUGGCUUGUUUUGCACAAAAUUUUAUUAACCAGUUAAUUUUAAAGUGAAAAUUGUAUACUUGUUUAAAAGUGUUUUUUUAAAGUACUAUAUAAGUAAUGAUUAUGUAAAAGAAAAAGAAAUAGUAUUAUAUGUUAUGUUAGUGAUGCCUUCUUGUAAUAUGGUGAUUUCAGUAAAUGUUUUUUUAGAAGUUAGAGGGACCUGUAUAAUGUGCUGUAAAACUUUUCUACUUUGAUUUCUGGCAGGUGUAAUGUUGUAUCGAUACACGCAUUCUAACCUGUAAGCAUUUCAGACCAUUUCAGCUUCUAAUAUAUGUAUAUAAAGGGGACCAG